AUGGCUGAAAGAUCUGGUCAGCUCCUGGCUCCAGCGACUCCGACAUACGUUCUUCGUGGUCAUUCUACCCCAAUACACGCACUCCACAUUUUCUCGCAGAAUUUGAGACUCAUAUCUGGAGAUGCUGAUGGCUGGAUUGUCAUCUGGGAUCUGGUCACUAAACGACCAGUGACGGUAUGGAAGGCCCAUAGAGGUGCAGUACUCGAAGUGAAGGGAUUUAGCCAGGUCUCUGGCGGAACAGAAAUCUAUACACAUGGUCGCGAUCACAAACUCUGUGUAUGGAGGAUCCGGCUUGAAGAUGAACCGUUUCUCGAUAAAACUCUCCCGGUGGAGGCAUUUGAGUUGGAUAAAGAGCGCCUAGAGAAAAGAGCCCAACCGUGGCUUCUUCAUUCUCUACCUGUCAAUGCGUUGAAUUUCUGCGCCUUUUCUAUAGCAUUUAUCGAUACGAGUGGGGCUACAUCUUUGGGAAAUACUCAAAAGCAAGAAACUUCCACACGCGCCCAGAUCCUUUUUGCAGUGCCAAAUGCCAUGGAUUCGGGAGGAAUUGAUAUUUUUCAUCUGCCGUCCGAGCGACGAGUUACCACCAUCAAAUCAGACCCCGCAGUUCAGACGGGUAUGCUGAUGGCCGUCAGCAUCUUUGUGGGACCAUUGAGUGAUCUCUAUGUGGCCUCAGCUUAUGAAGAUGGUCAAGUCAUGGUCUUCACUUACAAAGAACCUCUCACAUCGGCCAGUUUUGAGGCCUCUAACAUAUCUUCCAAUCCGUGGAAGUGGGAGAGAAUCUAUGUCUGCCGCCCUCACUCACAGCCAGUCCUUUCUAUCGAUGUCGCCCCUACGUGCGACUACUUCAUAUCUUCGUCUGCCGAUGCCUUGAUUAUAAAGCAUCCCAUUCCCGGACCUGUCACCGUUGACGAUGUCCCUAUUGUGAACUAUAUGGAAGAAAGUCCUUUAAAGACGAUUGAUACAAAACACUCUGGCCAGCAGGGGAUACGAAUUCGCAAUGAUGGGAAGAUUUUUGCUACUGCUGGAUGGGAUAGUCGGGUUAGGGUGUAUUCAGCCAAGACGAUGAAGGAGUUAGCUGUGCUAAAGUGGCACAAGGACGGUUGUUACUGCAUUGUGUUUGGUGAAAUCAACCCUACCUCUCAAUCAACACCCUCCAUCCCAUCCAAUGACACGGGAACGGAAUGGACAAUACAGCAACCAGAUCAGCAGAUCGUACAAGCGCGCAGCUUUUCCUUGACAGCUAUUCAAAACCAACGAAGUCAAAAAGUGCAGCAUACACACUGGCUAGCAGCCGGUUCAAAGGAUGGAAAAAUUUCAUUAUGGGAUAUCUAUUGA